GGAAGUGAAGGGGGUGCAAAUUGAAAGUGAAAUAGCUUAUGUCCAGGAAAUACUCCCUCUGUGGAGGUUUACAGAGCAUACUGGGGUUGUGGCCAGGAGGCAAAGGAGGAAAAUAGGGGCUGGAGACAGGAGAGCAAGGGGUACAUGUGAUUUCCUCAACCACCUGCUAGGCAGAAAUGUGAAGAUCACAGGCGGGACGCAAACAAGGGAAGUUUCCCCGGAAAGGACACCCUCUAAGGUCCACAAACUGAAAAAUAAAUCUGAAAUGAGUGCUGAGUGGAGGACUGACUCGUGGAAAUUCAAAUAACCAACCUGACUCCUUGACUAGCUCUGUGACCUUGGGCACUAACUUCUUUGUGCCUCCCUUUUCCCACCUGUAAAAUGGGUAUGACAUUGCUUACCCUGCCAGGUUAAUGUGUUCUUUCCAUGUCCCACACUCCCUGGGGAGUACUUGAACAUACAUGGUAGAAGUAUACCAUAGGCACUCAGGAAAUGCUUGCGGCUAACGGGCCUGAGUUGGAAAACAGGUGUGUUCUGACUAGCCAAGGGGAAGUGGAACCUUCGGGGACGGGCUUCGUGGGUCAUUGGCUGGAAGGUGGCAAGUCUGCAGUAAGCGUGUGCUGGGUAGGGUGCAGGAGGCCCCGGAGCAGCGGAAGGAACCCCAGCUUCUGAAACUCGCCUCCCAGUGCGACUAGAGAUCCACUCGGGCACUGCUGCGGCCACCCCUCCCUGGGCCCUGGCUGACCCCUGGGUGGGAAUCUUGGCUGCCCGGCCUUUCUCACUCCCAGUCUCCUCGAAGAACUGCCAGUGAAAUACUCAGCUAACACUGCCCUUCCUGCCAGGACCUGAGAAAUGGCAUCCGGACAAGGCCCAGGUCCUCCCAGGCAGGGGUGCGAAGAAGAACCUGACCCCUCCUCCACUUCGGAGGAGCAGGUAGCCCGGGACACGGAGGAGGUUUUCCGCAGCUACGUCUUUUACCGCCAUCAGCAGGAGCAGGAGGCCGAGGGGGCGGCUGCGCCCACUGACCCAGAAAUGGUCACCUUGUCCCUAGAACCUAGCAGCACCAUGGGGCAGGUGGGUCGCCAGCUGGCCAUCAUCGGGGAUGACAUCAACCGGCGCUACGACUCCGAGUUCCAGGCCAUGUUGCAGCACCUGCAGCCAACAGCAGAGAACGCCUAUGAGUAUUUCACCAAGAUCGCCUCAAGCCUGUUUGAGAGCGGCAUCAACUGGGGCCGAGUGGUGGCUCUGCUGGGCUUUGGCUACCGCCUGGCCCUCCACGUCUACCAGCGCGGCCUGACUGGCUUCCUGGGCCAGGUGACCCGCUUCGUGGCCGACUUCAUGUUGCAUCACUGCAUUGCCCGGUGGAUCGCACAGAGGGGUGGCUGGGUGGCAGCCCUGGACUUGGGAAACGGUCCCAUCCGGAAUGUGCUGAUAGGUCUGGCUGUGGUUUUGUUGGGCCAGUUUGUGUUACGAAGAUUUUUCAAGUCAUGACUCCUGGAGGGGUCCUUUGGGGUCUUGAGACCCCUGCGUGGACUUUGGCCCAGUCUUCUCCCUUCACCUCCUCCCCUGCAGGGGUCCCCUCCUUAAGAGCACAGAAGCUUUAGCAAGUGGGCACUCCAGGUUUGGAGGGUCCCUGCCCAGGGGUCCAUCAGACUGCACGGGUGCCCCAACAUUGCAUGGUGCUAAAGGGCCCCCUCUCAGAGAGGGGCUAUGGCCCCCUCCCUUAGCUCUCUGGGACCCCCUCAGCCCUGUCUACUGGGUUUUGGGGAGAUGAUAAGUUGGGGAAGCAAGAGGCUAUGAGCCGCUUCUCCCCAAGGAGUUGUUAACGGUUUUAGCUUUUUAUAAUAUCCUUGGGGGGACACUGCCCCCCUCCGAUUCCCACCUCUCUACCCAAAGCCAGGACGUCUGGGGUGUGGGGGUUAAUAGCCCUACCCUUUCCCAGGAUUCAGCUGUUCUGGAAGGUCAGAGCUUAAAUGCUGGGCCUGGAGCUCAGUCCUGGCCCUUCCUAAACAUCAUGUCCCCCAGGAACAGGACCAGUGGGGGGUGGAGACGAGGUAUGGCUCAGCUCUCCUCCCCGCCCCGCUCCCACUGCCCCAUAUUGCCUUUGCAGCUGGACUCUCAGGGAUUCUGGGGGUGCAGUGGGGGUGGAGUAGGGGUGCAGACCAUCAGCACCUUCCAAGCCUGCCUCCUGAGGCCCUCAUUCUCUCCCUUCCCCUCACCUAUUACCACUUGCUCCCACACCCAGCCCCCACCCCUGCUCACUACAAGUGAAGCUCGCCCCACCCCCAUCACUCCAGGGGGCUUGGGUGAGUGCAGUGCUGAGGCCCCCUCCUCGCCCAGGCUACAGGGUUUAGGACUGCAGUUUUGUUAUGGUCAGGGAAAGGGGGUAGGGAGCUCAACUUGAAGUUUCUGAGUGAGAGAAGGGCUAUUAACACCACUAGGAAUCCCAGGGUUGGGAGCCGCCCUCGUGGCCUGGGCACAGUGUAAUCUGGGGUUACGGAUAGAGGAACUGUGAAUAUUUGAACUCUACCCCCAGUCUCUACACUCCUCACUCCACACCUGCCCAAGCCUCUCCUGAUGGGUGGGGUAGGAGUGCCUCGUCUACCUUGUACAGCCUAGGGGUUUGGAGGUCAGGGGAGAGGAGUUCUUGAUGAAGCCAAAUGCAGGGAGGGGGUGCAGAUGGAGCCAGCUGGCCACCUCCCACCCUCUGAGUGUGUCUGAAAAUAAACUGCAAUCCCUCCA